ACAAAGCCGGACCAGACUCUCUCUACUUGUGGAAGGGUGAGGGGAUGGGGUUGUAGCUCAAUUGCACGCUUGCCCAGCAGGCACGGAGACCUGGGUUCCCAUCACACUGCAUACUGUUCGAGAGUGCACAGUCACCAUCCCAGCCCCCGGAAGGUGGAAGGAAAGAGUCCAGCGUUCAAAAGGAGUCUUUACAAAUUGAGCUCAUGGACAGCCUGGGCUCCGCGUAAAAAAGAAAACAAAGGGAAAAGAAACUCUGUUUGCUUUCUCCUAACAGGAAGUGAGACCUAUAUCCCCCUACCUUACCCCGGUAAGGCCUCUCCCCUCCCUCCGAGCCUCAGUGCUAAGGGUCUGCAAGUCAGCCUUCUCACUUCCCAACUCUUACAGUGGCCCUGUGACUGUGCUCCAGACCUUGCAGGUACUCUGAGGUGGAUGAGAUCCCAUAAUGUUGUGAGUUUUGACUCUGUGUGUGUGUGUGUGUGUGUGUGUGUAUGUUGUGUGUAGGAGUAGGAGUCUGAACCUCUGCUCUGAUUCUGCUGGUGUCAAGAUGGGCAGGUACUGGGUGCUUUCUGGUCUCCUCCUUUCCCUGCCUCUGGUAACAGGGUGGACCACUUCCAGAUGCCUGGUGACUGAAGGCUCGCACCUGCCCCUGGUCUCCCGCUAUUUCUCACUCUGCCCCCACUCCAGGCUUUCCAUUCUUGCUGCAUGCUUCCCUGUGAGCAACCUGACACAGACCCUGGACGCUGUACCUCGGGCUGUGGAGGGGCUCUGCCUCAGGGGUUCUGUGUCUACUCUGCUUCCUGACGCUUUCUCUGCCUUUCCUGGACUCAAGAGCCUGGGACUGAAUCUGCAGCUUACCAGACUCCUGCCAGGAGCUCUCCGGGGCCUGGGGCAGUUGCGGAACCUCUCUUUUGUUGAAAAUCCUGGUGGGAAGAAAAAUCUCUCUCUACCUCCUGAUGCCUUUAGUGACCUGAUUUCCCUCCAGAGUCUCCAUAUCUGUGGCCCCUGCCUAGAUAAGAAGGCAGGUGUCCAUCUGCCUCCCAGUCUGCAGUGGCUGUCUAUCACGCUCAGUUGCCUUCAGGAUAUGGGGGAGCUGGCUGGCAUGUUCCCAGAUCUGGUGCAAGGUUCCUCCUCCGGGGUUUCAUGGACCCUGAAGAUGUUGGAUCUGUCAUUAAACUGGGGGCUGAAGAUGGCUAGUCCUGGGUCUCUCCAGGGUCUCCGGGUGGAGAUUCUGAACCUGAGAGGAACACAGCUGGGUGCUGUGGCAGUGAAGGCCCUGGGACUUGAGAAACUCGAUGUCUUGUAUGCGCAGACUGCCACGGCUGAGCUGGCUGCCGAGACCGUUGCCCAUUUUGAGCUGCAGGGCCUGACUGUGGAACGCAGCAAGAUAGGAUAUAUAUCUCAGGAGGCCCUGGCUUCCUGCCGUAGCCUGGAGAUCUUGGGUCUCUCAGGUACUGGCCUGACUGAGCUGCCACCAGGCUUCCUGGCGGCCAUGCCUAGGCUCCGGAGACUGGACCUGUCCGGAAACCGGCUGCAGAUCACCACACUGUGCAGGAAUGAGACCGGAGACGCAUCAGGACUCACGACUCUCAAUCUGUCAGGCAAUGGGCUGAGCACCCUGCCUCCAGCCACCUUCUCCUGUGUUCCGCACCUGCGAGAGCUGCUGCUUCCGUACAACCAGCUGCUGUCCCUGGAGGGACACCUAUUCCAUGAUCUACAGCAACUAGAGACCUUGAACCUGGAUAAAAACCCCCUGCUUAACCUGGGUAAGAGCUGGUUGGCUGCUCUGCCUGCACUGACCACCCUUAGCCUGCUGGAUACCCAGAUACUGCGGAGCCCAGACCCUGGCUUCUGGGGAGCAAAGAGUCUGCAUACCUUGAGCCUGAGGCUUCCUGCUCUUGAUGCUCCGGCAGUCCUGUCCCUGCCCAUGUAUCUGACCAGCUUAGAGCUUCUUAUAGCCUCAGGCGUGAAACAUUGGACGCUGUCCCCAAAUAUCUUUCCUUUCUUGGAGACCUUGACUAUAAAGGGCAGGGGGCUGAACCUGGGGGUCCAGAAUGCCUCUGAGGUCUUCCCUGCUCUCCAAAAGCUCUUCCUGCUCCAGAAUAGCUUGGACGCCUUCUGCUCCCAGGGCACCUCCAACGUUUUCCUCUGGCUGCUCCCCAAACUUCAGUCCUUGAAGGUAUGGGGUGCUGGCAGCAACUCCAGACCCUGUCUUAUCACUGGGCUGCCCAGCUUACAGGAGCUGAAGCUGGAGUCACUUCAGUCCACAAGCCAGCCCCGCUCUGUCCAGCUGGAGGAGCUCGUGGGAGACCUUCCACAGCUCCAGGCGUUACUGCUCUCUGGCACGGGGCUCAAGUCGCUGUCGGCCGCUGCUUUCCAGCACCUGCGCAGUCUCCAGGUCUUAGUGCUAGACACUGAGAAAGACUUGGUGCUGCUGGACAGUCUGCGGGAGUACAGCCCUCAGAUGCCUCACUAUAUAUACAUCCUGCAGUCAGAGUUGGCCUGCCAGUGUGCCAAUGCAUGGUUGGAGCUGUGGGUUAAGCAGUCCACUAAAACAUACAUACACAUAAGAGACAAUCACUUAUGUCCAGGAGAAGUCCGUGUCCCUGCCAGGGAUUCCCUCACCCCUUUUCUCUGGGACCACUGCCCCCAGACACUGGAGCCGAAACUCUUUUUGGCUACUUCUGCCUUGGUGUUACUGCUAAUUGCUCUGCCUCUCCUCCAAGAAGCCAGGAAUACUUGGAUCCCCUACCUGCAGGCCUUGUUCAGGGUUUGGCUCCAGGGUCUGAGGGGUAAGGGACACGAGGGGAAGAGGUUCCUCUUUGAUGUAUUCGUGUCCCACUGCAGGCAAGACCAGGGCUGGGUGAUAGAGGAACUCCUGCCUGCUUUGGAAGGCUUCCUUCCAGCUGGCCUGGGCCUCCGCCUCUGUCUCCCUGAGCGUGACUUUGAGCCUGGUAAAGAUGUCGUUGAUAAUGUGGUAGACAGCAUGGUGAGCAGCCGGACCACGCUCUGCGUGCUGAGUGGCCAGGCCCUGUGUGACCCCCGGUGCCGCCUGGAGCUCCACUUAGCCACGUCUCUUCUCCUGGCUGCCCCGGCCCCUCCAGCGUUGCUGCUGGUCUUCCUGGAGCCCAUCUCCCGACACCAGCUCCCCGGUUACCACAGGCUGGCUCGGUUGCUUCGACGGGGAGACUACUGCCUGUGGCCUGAGGAAGAGGAAAGAAAGAGUGGGUUCUGGACUUGGCUGAGGAGCAGGCUAGGGUAGCCAUAGCCAGCACUGGUAUGGGGUGGCACAUGUAAAUUUAGGGGUGGGGGUAGGGGAAGCAAGUCUGCCUGUCAAGGAGUGGGUGUGUUUGUAGGCAGGGGGCACACAGAGAUCUGGAAGGCCGAAGCCUUUCAUGAAUCCACAUGCUGGGAACACAGGUUUUGGGGGGCCUGGGGGUUGAGGAAAGCUGAGUGACAGAAGGUGCCCACGGGGCAUGUGACAUCCCCAAGAUCUUCAAAUCCUCAGUAAACUUGCUAAAUCCAUGAAAUGCUUGGCUUGGCCAGACUUUUUUUUUUUUUUAAAUCAUUUUAUUCAUUUACACUUCAAAUGGGGGGGGUCUGGUUGGUUGAUACUGUUGUUCUUCCUAUGGGGUUGCAGUCCCCUUCACGUUCUACAGUCCUUCCCCUAACUCUUCCACUGGGGUCCCCAGGUUCAGUCUGAUGGUUGGAUGUGAGUAUCUGCAUCUGUAUUGGUCAGGUGCUAGCAGAGCCUCUCAGGGCACAGCUAUAUCAGGCUCCUGUCAGCAAACGCUUCCUGGCAUCAGCAAUAGUGUGGGGAGUUGGGUGUCUGCAGAUGGGAUGGAUCCCUACGUGGGGGGCAGUCUCUAGAUGGCCUUUCGUUCAGUAUCUGUUCCAUUUUUUUUUUUUU